GUUAUAUUUCUUUUGAUUUUUUCGGUUUGUUGAGCAACAUAUAGCUAUUUUCAGUUUGUGGUCUUCCUUCGGUUUUAUGCUAAAAGACGGUAGUCAAAUAUUCUACUUUUUCGCGACCAUUCAACAUGCGACAUUUAUCUGCUUUUUCCCUCGGCUUCUUGUUUUUCAUUUUCUGUUGGUUGAUUCGCUAUCGUCGACUGCAUUCCCUCGGUUUCGCAGAUGGACCGUAUAUUCCAGCUGCAAUUUUUACUUUUGCUGUCGGAACUGAUAUAAGAAAUGGAACGUACAUAUUUAAAUGGCAGCCGGAGCCUUGGGAGUCGGUGAAUAAUCAGCGCAUCUUUAUGCAUGGAGUAACUGACACUGCAGACUUAAAUGCAAAACAGAGUUGUGCAGCAGAGUCCUGCGCUAGGCACAAUUGCAACCGAACCAUUCAAAUCUUCAUGAAAAUGCCGUCGUCCUACAAUCGAACAAAAGAAGCUAUGGAACUAAAAAACCCGAAUAAAAACUCUUCUUUAUACUCAGUUUUGAGGCAUUAUAAGAAUCUGGAAAUAAUUUUCUUCAGAGAAAGUGAAUAUUUCAGAGAUACGGCAUUAUUUGGUUGGUACAACAAAGGAGAAUGGCGAAAAAGCUCUCGUCGAAAUUCCCAUCUUUCUGUAUUUUCUAGUAUCGUUUCCCUAUUCCGCGGUGGUGGCCUUUUCAUUGACCUUGACACCAUUAUCACUCUCAAGCCACUGAAUGGGCUUAAAUGGCGGAAUUUUUUUGUGAAAAAUAAAGAGGCCAGUCAAACAGCAGACGGUGUAGUAAAUAUGGUGACAAGCGAAAUUUUCCAUCUAGUCUACGGGCAUCACCUCAGUGACGAUAUAAUUUUAAAUUUGGGCCAAAUUGUAUAUGAUCCAUUUUCUUCUGCUAAUGACAUACUAACUGCCGCAUUUCACGGUAGUAUGCAAAAUAUAUGCAUUGGAGAAAAUAACACAAGUCUCUGUCGAGAUGUUAAGUUACUCGAUCGACGAGAUGUAUUCUUGCCACAGUUCGAGUCGUUAAUGUGGCGGCAAGUGGUCUUGGCUUCGGAAGAAUACAUUUCUACAAAUGAGAGUAAGCAAGUGGGCAAAGCUCUACAAUUCAUGAUUAAGAAUAUAGUGGAUGAUAAUAUUGCUUCUGUGAUUCAAUGGAAAUCGAACCCAAAUUUAAAGAGACGACGUAAUUCCAAUUCUGAUAUUUUGUAUUCUCUUCUUCUAUCUCAGCAUUGUCCCCACACCGUAAAACAUUUUUCAAACGAGCUUUGGGCGAGCUAAACUUUAUGUUAAUUCUUUUAAGU